ACACAUGUGUACGGGUACGUGUUUGGGCACGUGCCUGAGAAUCAGCUCGAGCAUCUCCCAGCGCAGCAGGUGCUGGACACGGGCGAGCAGCUGAUGGUCCCUGUGGAUGUCCUGGAAGUGGACAAUGAGAAGACCUGGUGGAAGUUUCUGCUUUCGGGCGCCGUGGCUGGGGCCGUGUCUCGCACCGGCACGGCCCCUCUGGACCGAGCCAAGGUGUACAUGCAGGUCUACUCCUCUAAGACCAACCUCAUGAAUCUGCUGGGGGGGCUACGGAGCAUGGUGCAGGAGGGGGGCUUCCGCUCCCUAUGGCGAGGCAAUGGUAUCAACGUGCUCAAGAUUGCCCCUGAGUACGCCAUCAAGUUCUCGGUCUUUGAGCAGUGUAAGAAUUACUUCUGCGGCAUACAUGGGACUCCACCCUUCCAGGAACGCAUCCUUGCUGGCUCCCUAGCUGUAGCCAUCUCCCAGACACUCAUCAACCCCAUGGAGGUGUUGAAGACGCGGCUGACACUGGGCCGGACGGGCCAAUAUAAAGGGCUUUGGGACUGCGCGCGGCAGAUCUUGGAGCAGGAAGGGCCCCGUGCCUUCUACCGCGGCUACCUGCCCAACAUGCUGGGCAUCAUCCCCUACGCCUGCACCGACCUGGCCGUCUACGAGACGAUGAGAUGCUUCUGGAGGAAGUCAGGCAGAGACAUGGAGGAUCCCAGCGGCCUGGUCAGCUUGUCAUCUGUGACGCUGUCCACAACCUGCGGCCAGAUGGCCAGUUACCCGCUGACCCUGGUGCGCACCAGGAUGCAGGCUCAAGAUACCAUGGAGGGCUUGAACCCCACCAUGUGCGGAGUCUUUCAGCGGAUCCUGGCCCAGCAGGGCUUGCCGGGGCUGUAUCGAGGCAUGACCCCCACACUACUGAAGGUGCUGCCGGCCGGUGGUAUCAGCUACCUGGUGUACGAAGUCAUGAAGAAAACCCUGGGUGUUUCAGCAGCGAGCUAGGCAACAGGCCCCGGGUGGAAAUGGACAGGAGGUCCUGGUGUCCCCUAGCCCCAAAGAGCCCUGCAGGCUCAGGCUCUGCGCUGGGCAGUUUUUGGAAAGAGAGCACGCUGG